AUGAAGUUCACUGCUCUCGUCUUCACUGUCAUGGCCGCCGUUGCCGUCAAUGCCUCUGCCGUCCCUGAGUUAGAGACCCGAGACACCUGCGGCUCUGGUUAUGGCGCCGACCAGCGACGCACCAACAGCCCUUGCAAGUCUGGAAACGGAGACAGACACUUCUGUGGCUGCGAUAGGACUGGUGUAGUCCAGUGCAAGGGCGGCCGCUGGACAGAGAUUCAGGACUGUGGACGGGCAUCGUGCCAUGGUGGCACCCAGGGCGGAGCCAAGUGCUAA